GUUGGUUGACGCGGCGGAAGCUGUCAAAAUUCUUUACUGCGUUUUUGGUGUUAGUCAGUCUAUGGCAUUAACGCCACUGUAAUUCCGCCCUAACUGGUUUGGUGGGAAUAGCAAUGGAGGCUAAGUUAAAGAAAGAGUUGGGGACAGCCGUGUUGAAGUCAACUGGUCACUCUGGAGGAGGAUGUAUCAGCGAGGGUCAGAGUUAUGAUACUGACACUGGGAGAGUGUUUGUGAAGAUAAAUCACAAGAGAGAGGCCAAAUUGAUGUUUGAUGGGGAGAUAGCCAGUUUGGAAGCCAUUUUAAAGACAGAGACUGUUAAAGUCCCCAAGCCUGUGAAGGUGAUUGAGCUCGACACGGGAGGAUGUGUAUUUGUGAUGGAACAUCUGGACAUGAGAGGCCUUAGCAAGUACUCAAAGCAUCUUGGAGAGCAGCUGGCAGAUCUGCAUCUUCACAACCAGAGACAGUUGGAAAAACUGAAUAAAGAGCAGCAGACAGUGGGGAAAGGAGCGGGGCAGUCAGAGGUGGCUGUUGUUGAAAAAUUUGGCUUCAGUGUAACCACAUGCUGUGGAUAUCUACCACAGGAAAAUGAGUGGCAGGAUGACUGGGUGACAUUUUACUCACAGCAGAGGCUGCAGCACCAGCUUAACAUGGUGGAGAAAUCUUACGGAGACAGGGAUGCCAGAGAACUAUGGGCCGAGCUGCAGCUGAAGAUCCCUCAGUUUUUCACCGAUGUGGAGAUUGUCCCUGCCCUCCUCCACGGAGACUUGUGGGGAGGCAAUGUGGCACAGUGUGCAGACGGCCCGGUCAUCUUUGACCCAGCUUCCUUCUAUGGCCAUUCAGAGUAUGAGCUGGGUAUUGCAGGGAUGUUUGGUGGCUUCAACAGCUCUUUUUACUCUGCCUACCAUGAAAAGAUUCCUAAAGCACCUGGAUUUGCAAAGAGAAACCAGCUUUACCAACUCUUCCACUAUUUGAAUCAUUGGAACCACUUUGGUGGUGGCUACAGGGGCUCUUCGAUAAGCGUUAUGAAGAAUCUACUAAAAUAACUGCACUCGCACUCACUUUCAGAAAGCUUCACAGUCUUAAACUCAUGGCAAGUAUUAUGUAUAUAUUGACAGAUGCUAACUUGUCCGGGAACAGUGUGUCUAGACGCUAAACAUAACAUAUAAGCUCUAUUAAUAUUUAUUAAUUCUUUAUUUUCUACAAUGACGUGUAUAGGUGGCCUAUAACCAAACAUAAACCAUAUCAAAGAAGCUGAGUUUCUUUGGUAUGCUGCAAACUCUUCCUUAAUUUUGUGUCAUUUUUGGUCCUUACUGUGCAAAGGACAACGGAUUUUCCCCGUGAGUGCAAUAUUGUGUACUUUAUUUACUUUAUCUACAUCAUAGUAGCCUGACUGUUAAUGUCAUACAGACUGACACACUACAUACACCUACAAAGUGUUGCAGUAUAACAAUGAAUCCAUUCAUUUGGAUAUUUUGUGUCCACUGCUUAACCAACAAUAAACGCUGUGAUGAUCCAAAG